UGUAAAUCAUAAAGCAGUAACUGUUUUACUGUAGUACAGCUCAGAGUCAGUGAUGACAGAGUAUUGGUCAUGGUGCAGGAACAUGGCGGAGCUUAGGACCCAUGGAUUCAUUCCUUGUCGGAUAAUAAAAGUUGGGGUUAUCCGUGUCUGUCUACGUGCGUUUAAACCAGUCAGUCAGUGUGUUUGGGAGUGUGUGUGGCCGACCCCUCCGCCGCACUUUGCACAUUGCAGUGCUGCAACAAUAGCCAGCUGUGAGUUGUGUAUACGUUCAGCCGCUGGGUGUCUUCGCUCCGUGGCUUCACUGUAGACAAGGGAGGCUAGUGUGGGCUGGUCUGCCCGUGUUUUCCGGAAGAGAGGGUGUGAAACAUGGGACACAUCUCAGGUCAGCAGCUGAUCUUGCCACACAUCUAGCAGAGGAGCCCGUGUGGGUGCGUUUCUGUCAGUCUGUGUGAAUAAUUGUCUGAGAACUGAGUGAAUCAAUCAGGCACCGCGCCUCCAAACGGGACAUCCCUCUCGACCCCUUUGACUCGAACGCUUCAAGGGGGCUCAAACACGCCCGAGCACUCAUUUGGCUCCGGUGAGACCCUGAACAUCGCAACCACAGGCUGGCCCAGGCCACGUUGAUGCUGGUGGGCAACGGCCAGAACUCUCCCCGCCACCUGCUCCUGCACCGCUCCCAUCUCCCCACCCGCCAUGGCUACGAGCAGUGACCCCGGCUGCGAGAGGCUGGACCCAGACUCUGACAAACAGACCAGCAGUCUCACAGACAUCAUGGCUGCCAUGACGACGAAAGACUUGGACGGCUCCGCUGCCAACGGGGUGAGGAAUGGCGGGGCUCAGCAGGACGGGGCUCAGGCCAAGAGGACUCAUCCGCUGCGUCCUCACCUGACUGGAAGGAAGUUGUCGCUGCAGGAGAGAGGCACUUACCUGUCGUCAGGCUCUGGAGGAGGCUACACACACAUCUCCCCACGUGUGGCUCGCAGGCCCACGGUGGAGUCUAAACGUGUGUCUAUAUCAGACUCCCAGAAUUGUUGGCAUGAAUUUCUGCUGUUGGAUGUGACAGGUGGCACCAUAGGAGGCAGUGACACACAAACUGAGACUCCAAACUGCAGCUCCACCGUUCUUAUGAGAGCAGUUGUCAAUACUAGAUGCAAGCAGCAUAUAGCUCAAUUAUCACCAAAGGAAGAGGAGCAGGAGGAUUGCAUCCAGUUGAACCAGUAUAAGCUGAAGAGUGAGAUUGGAAAGGGCUCCUACGGUGUGGUCAAACUUGCCUAUAAUGAAGAUGAUGAUAAACAUUACGCCAUGAAGGUGGUGUCCAAGAAGAAGUUGAUGAAACAGUGUGGUUUUCCACGUCGACCACCCCCAAGAGGACCAAAGGCAGUCCAAGGAGAGCAGCCCAAAAUCCUGGGACCCCUGGAGAGGAUCUACCAAGAGAUUGCCAUCCUUAAAAAACUGGACCAUAUCAACAUUGUCAAGCUGGUGGAGGUGCUGGAUGAUCCUGCAGAGGACAACCUUCACAUGGUGUUUGAGCUGAUGCGUAAGGGUCCAGUGAUGGAGGUGCCCGCAGACAAUCCUUUGUCAGAGGAGCAGGCAAGGUUAUACUUCAGAGACGUCAUCCUGGGCAUAGAGUACUUGCACUACCAGAAGAUCGUCCACCGAGACAUCAAGCCUUCUAACUUGUUACUGGGAGACGACGGCCACGUGAAGAUAGCAGACUUUGGAGUCAGCAACCAGUUUGAGGGUAAUGAUGCUUUGCUGUCCAGCACAGCUGGCACUCCUGCCUUUAUGGCACCAGAGACCCUGUCAGAUCAGCGCAAGAGCUUCAGCGGAAAAGCUCUGGACGUGUGGGCCAUGGGAGUUACUCUCUACUGUUUCAUCUUUGGGAAGUGCCCGUUUAUUGACGAGUACAUAUUGGCUUUGCACAACAAGAUAAGGACCAAGCCUGUGGAAUUCCCAGAAAUACCACAGAUCAGUGAAGAGCUGCGGACUCUGAUUUUGCGGAUGCUGGAUAAGAACCCAGACACCAGGAUCACCAUCCCUGAGAUCAAGAUGGACCAGUGGGUGACCCAGGGAGGUACUGAUCCUUUGCCUCUGGAGGAGGAGCACUGCUCUGCGGUGGAGGUGACAGAGGAGGACAUCCAGAAUUCAGUCAAGUUUGUUCCCAGCCUCUCUGCAGUGAUCUUGGUAAAAGCCAUGCUGAGGAAGCGUUCCUUCAGUAACCCCUUUGAAUGUCCAAGUAGGAGAGAGGAGAGGUCCAUGUCUGCACCUGGCAGCCUGCUCAUGGACUCGUGGCCUUUCCGGCCCUCUUUAAAACUACACCCCUCUCUCAGAAAGAGCAGCACGGGAGAUGGACCCAGAGAAGGAGAGCUGGAGGACCUGCAUGAAGACGAGCCCUCCUCUUGAGUCUCCCGUCAGCAGAGCUUUGUCUUAAACUUUGUCCUCUUUACAUCCCUUUGCUCGGGCCACUGUGCGCUCACCCUUUCAUCCGCUCCAUUUCCUUCAAACCAGAGACAGUACAGGCUUCUCAUUCUGCACACUGAGGAAACUCUCAAGGUUUUAAAUCUGAUACAUUGCUUGUUUUGACAUUCAGACUUGUGUGCUCAGGCUUACUUUCAUUUUCGCUUCCAGUCUAUCCUUUCUUACCCAAGUUUCUCCUGUAUUUCCUGCUCCACUGUGGAGAUUCUGGCCACAGUUUGAUCUGCAAGGUUGCUUAUCUUACCUGCUCAGCCACUUACUGUUGUGACUGGCAUCGGUGAACUGAUAAGAGGAACUGCCAGUUCUCUGGAUUAACAGUUGAAGUUACUGUUGCGGGAAAAGCUGAGAACAUGUUUGUCAGCUUGCAUUACACUGUAAUGUGGAAAAACAAACAGUCAAACGUUUGGUUUUUUUUACCCUAUGCAUGGUGAAUAGUUCUGCCUCAUCAGCAGGCUGUCCACAGCCACCUGUCAUAGCCAGCCCGAUGAAGAGAAAAGAAACUCCUCCUCAGUACUCAUCACAGACUUUAGCAUGUAAAUGACACUAUAUUGUCUCUUCAGUCAAGUACAGCGCUUUUGAUUUCUGAUCAGUAAUCGGUCAUUUUAAUAUUGUACAUAGAUGUCUUGAGGUAUCGUCAGUGUUAUUGUCUCACAGCCCUAUUGUAUACUGUAUGUGCCAUCAGUAGGUUUUAUUUUGAAGUGAGGUUAUGAAGGCUAAAAGUCGUUCAUUCACAGUCCUGGUUGAACUUCUCUGACAGGAGGGAAAGACAGGCAGCUGUCUGAAGGUGAUCACACAGGCAGGGCAGCAGCUUUGCUACGCUUGAACAUAUUUCAGACACAUUUUCCCCAAAGUCUGAUGUGUAAUUAUUUUUUUUUUCUAGGACUCAUUUCACGCUUCUUCUCCUACUCUGUUAUGUGUUGUUUGUGUGAUGGUUUUGGUUCUCGCUGUCUCUUUCCCUCCAUAUCAUACCCCACUAUUUAGUUUGAUGUGAAUUCAUUGUGACAGAAAAUGGAGCUUUUCGAAGUGCAUGCUGUUUGAUGGCGAGUGUGAACAGACUGCCUAUACGACAGUUUAUUCCAAAUUAGAACUUAUUAUACAAAAUUCAUGGAUGCAAAACUGAUUUAAAGGCAUAAAUAAUCUCAUUGUCCAAGUUAAACAUCAGUGAGCGCUCUUGCAGAUGAAAUUGAAUCAUAUUGUGCAGCGUUAUCCAGGAAAAGGGACUGUAUACAAAUUAUUAGGGUGGGAGGGGGAGGUGGGGGGUGGACUUUUUCAAGAGAGUAGGGAAGGGUCUUUUUUACUUUUAACACCUCAAAGUUAUAUGUUAGUAUUCAUUUUGAAUACCAAAUUAAUAAGUAAGGAGAUCAAAUAGUCACAUUUGAUUGCUCUGGUGUUGUGGAUCAUAAAGUUGUGCUUUAUCAUGUGCAAAGGACAACAAUCCUGUUUCUGGAUUUCUUUUCCCAACAAAAAUUAAGAAAAAAAAAAACUGAAGGAGGUGAAUUCUUGAUAUAAAACUGGCUGGUUGUUGGUUCAAAUGUAGGCAUUUCGUAUCUUUAUUCUACGAGGAUAUUAAUGUUUAUGAUUUAUAUGCUUUGCCUCUUUUAGUUAUUAAUGGUUGAACAGGUUGUACCAACCCUGCACUAUACAUGUUUUUUUUUAGGUAGAAGGGUUGUUGCAGUUUUUUCUCAGUCAUGGUUAGGGUCCAAAUAAAGUACUAAUGCUGAAGAGGGUUGUGCAGUUUUAAGAUGUAACCCUCUCCUCACCUCAGCAAUUUUUGUAUUGUCCCUAAUCCUUAAUUAGUUUGCCUGGCUGACCUUUUGAAGUUCCAACCAGCCUCCAAGCUUAUAGGACUACGGGAUGUUGGGAUCAUGGGUGAAUGAAAAAGAAUGAAUGAACAUUUUUUGUGAUGUGAGUCCAAUGCCAUUGCCAUUCAGGAUGGUUGGCUAACUUUCAAAAAAGCCAAAUCUGUGGGUGGUUUUGUCUCCGCCGACUCAACUCGGCUGCCUCCGCAGCAGCUCUGCCUCAGAUAAAUGUUUAUAUAAUGCUAUUUGGAUUCUUCCCUCCUUUUUCGCUGGCCUGGUUCAUUGCCCCGGUGAAAGAAAGCAUGUUUGGCUGGCAGACUGCUCUGAUCACUUGAACCGCAGUGAAAAGGAGCAUUUCAAUGUCAUGAUUAGGCCCAGGCUGCCAACAACACUUUCCCGUCCACUUCAGUGCUGUGCCCAGUGUGGUUGAUUAGAAACAGGGAGCACAGCACUGUGCAUUUCUUCUAUUAAUUUUGCCCUCUGUAUCCUCCAGUGAAGGACACUAACUGAAGCGCAAAAGAUGGCGAAGGAUCGGUUGAAUCUGAUGUUACGGAGCCUCUGUGUCUAGGGGUUCGUGUGCACAGAGGCAGGGACACGGUGCAUAAAAAUCAUUAGAAAGUCAACUCUAUUUUCAUGUGGCUGCUGGAGAAUGUGUGUCUUUCUUUUUUAAAUCUUAUUGUUCAGGUUGGUAAAAGAUCUAUUUGUAUAGGAUAAAUGAAUAUCUUUGUCUGAUUGUCUAAAAUGUCUCUUUGUGUGCAGUUUAAAAAUAAGAGGUCAUUCAUUUGAUGAUUCCUUCUCUGUGCUGAGGGUGAUGUAAGUUAAAGUAAAUACUGUGGUCUGUUUGCAGAGUAACCUUCAAUGAAGGGCUGACUGAACCAAAAAGUAUGAAAUGGUGUUUUAUCUUAUUUGAUUUAAAACUAUGUAACACUCAUUCUUAGAAGAAUCAAUUUUUAAUCCAAGUGUUUAAUCCAGCUUUACAUUUGUGUGUUUGUACAGACAUUUUGUCAGUGUCUGAGGUGCAAUAUUAUUAUUGUCUUAAUUAUCAGUGCAUUAUUGGCUCAUCCCCCUGCUGUCAGAGCACUCAGGCCAGUCGUCCUUUCGUGUGAAUUUUAGCUGUCUCUGUUAAAAGUUAAGCUAAAACAUUGCUUAUGUGAAAAUAUUUGCACUUUUCCACAUACAGAUACAUAUUAAAAUUGUUGUGAUUACAUAUAACACUACUGGUACCUGCCAGAUAUGACACAUUGUACAGUUUAUGAUCAAGAGAAAAACUGUGGUUCAUCUGUAAAAGACCAUAUUUACUGUGUAUCCAUUUGUUCUCACAAUCUCCUGUGCUUUUUGAUGCAUCACUCUUUGCUAUCAAUCUGCAUGUCACAGCACUGCUACUUGGUUUUUGAGAAUUUUUACCAAUGAACCUCUAAUAUAUUUCCAUUUUCCAAUAACUUGUUCUCUUGUCUGUGUAAAAAUGCUGUAACAGCUGCCACAACAAGAUUGGCUUUGAACAGCUGUUUUUGUUGUGCAUAUUUAUAUCUAUCACUGUAAAUCCCAUCCUUUGAUCCGGGUUCAAAGCACAGCAGCAGCGUGGACAGUCUUUUCAUGCACCCAGCCAACCCAACAGUUAAAAGCUAUUUUGUAUUAAUUGUUACCUCAAAGAUACAUACAUUUAGUGGAAAAUUAGACAACCAACUAAUGAAGAACUGUUUCAGUUUUUGGUGCAGAAUACACCACCAUUUAUAAAGCCUUUUGUGUUUUGGGGGUUUUAUUCUUAAUUCCUCAAAUUUAUGAGCAAAAAAGGUUUUUAUUGUUUGUUUUUGUUUUUUCCUGGAUUCCUUAUCCCAACGUGUGUCAAUCAAUAAAUACAGGCCAUUUUCACCUACAGAGAUAUCCCACCAAUUUUAUAUUUUUUACAGAACCAUUCUCUUUAGAACUUGUUUCACCAAUCCUCAUUAAAUUGUAUGUAACAUACUUGCUUGAACCUGAAAUGUUUUUAACAAAACAAAAAUUCACAAAAUUUAAGAAAAUGUUUUUUGUGAGGGUUUCAUAGCUAUAGUAGUCAUACCUAUUUAAUGUAUUAUGCAGUUGCAACCACUUUUAGAUGGGGCUUCUGUGAUCAGCUAAUUGAUCCUGUUGAAUUUAAUGAUUCACCUGCCAGUGGUGCUCCAGCACACACUGUAUUUAAAUGACCAUAACUUAGUGGUCAUCCACAGGAUUUGUACAGUUCAUUCUUGUAGAAAGCCCUAAUACCAACACAUUUGGGUGUUCUCUGAAACUCUACAUUUUCCAUCACUGUUUGCCUCAGGUCUGGAUCCCAGUGCAGAAAACAGACCUAAAAUGUACUAAGCUGUGGUAGAUGUUGCACAUUCAAAAUACAUUCUAGUUUAGUGCUGUUACAGCUACAGUUGUAGCACAGGAAAUGAGUGACAGGACUAAUUUCUCAUGAUUUCAGGUUAUUAUUCUAUCCAAAGGAGGAGGACUGUGGGAGAGUGAGUCUGUACAUAAUAUGAAGUCAGGGAUGAAUCACUGCUGUAUAUUUUAUGUGACUGUCCUGAUGUGCGUUGAAGGUGCCUGCUGUCUGUGUGUCUCUGGAUGUCAGUCUUGUGUUGUCUUGUGCAUUUCUCUGAAUGUACUCACUCGCCUGCAUAAGUCACUCAUAUAAAAACAGGCGCAUGGCACAUCCCUAUGGAAUGCAGUUGUUACAAUGUAAAUAUGUACCAAUAUAUAAAAAGAAGCUAUUUUUUGCAUGCUUUUUGUACACCUACACGUAAUCAGAGACAAUAAAAAGAAGAAAAUUUA